AUGCCUUCAUGGAAAACGGUGCCAGAUGACGUCAAGAAGGAAAUUCUGGAAUUUUUGGAUUAUGAAUCCAGAUGCUCCAUGAGGUUAUGCUCAAAAAAGGAUUAUAAUCUAGUGGAUGCCACAAGUUUUAAAGCGAAAAAUUUUGCGAUUUCAGAAGUCUUCAGUAAUAUGGAUAGCAAUAAGACUCAAAUUCGUGUAGACAUUGAUAAUUUCACAAUUUGGUUUAUUGGAAAAGAGAAUCAAACUCGGGUGGAUAGAGGAUGGGAUGGGAAUGUUCUUGAGGAGUUCAGUGAGAUCAAAUCAGAAAAUCGAUAUAUUGUGAUUCGGAGAUUUUUGGAUCGGUGGCAUCAGAGGUUUGGAAUUAUUCAUGCCGAGAAAUUUGACCAACCGCCAUCUGCCCAUUGGAAAAUCAAAUGCGACAAACUCACUAUGUACGAACUACGCGGUGGUCAUGACAUAACAUGGCUGGACCAAUGUGUUUCCUCGAAGUUCGAAAAAUUGGAAAUCACCAGAACCCAUGGACCACCUCUACCAAUCGAUCGAAGGAUUCUAGGCACGUCUAAAAGUCUGAGAAUCGGAGUCGAUUGUAAUAUGAGUGAUGAGCAAUUGGAUUCGGUGAAAGCCCCGGAUUUUUAUGUGAAAUCUGAUGGGAUCAAGGGUAGCGGAAUUCGAAGGGUUUUGGAGAAUUUCCUGAAAAAUGGUCAAAUGGAAGACCGCACAGAGAUUACCGUAGCUCUACCCGAGAACUUUGAAUUCAAAAAACUGGUACCGGAAAAUGUGUCAUAUAGAAGUUUGGAGAUUCCAGAAUGGUCUUCCAGCGUUUUUGAAGUAAAACUGUUCGGCGGAUUUGAAAAUGUUCAUGGAAUUCAGAAUCCGAAGAAAUUAAGAGUGAGGUACACACCGGAUAAAGCGGAAGUGUCGUGUGAAGUUUGGAAGAGGCCAAGAAGCGAAUCGUUGCCAAUUAUUGAAAAUUAUGAUAGUGAUAACUAUCCUUUUUUGCCAAACUAUUGUCGAAUUAAAAAAGUGGGACCUGAGAAUUUGAAAGGCGUAGCUUUUUUUGGUCUUAAGAUAAUUCGAAAAAGUGCGGCAAGAACAACUUGGAAGUCGUUCAUCAAAAUGAAGUCUUGCCUUCUCAUCGUUGGCAUUCUUUUCAGUAAGUUGUUAUUUAACCAAGUUCAAAUUACAGUACAGGCUAAAGUUUGUUGUCUUGUUCUCACAAGGGAGUUACUUGAGGGGGCGGGUUUAACUUUUUUUGAAAUUUUGGGAGCAGAUAGAAGAGCUUAUGAGGAUUCCAAAUCUGUUAAAAAAAUCAGCAAAAUGCUCACAAAUUCGCAAAUAUGCUGUUCAUCGAAGAUUUUUCAAAAAAUUUUUUCAAUUUUUUUUUGUUUAUGGAAAGUGCCAAUUAUCUGGGUGCAAAAGAUUGUCAAUGGUCAAAUGCGCGUAUUGUGCCAAGAACAUAUGUUUCCAGCAGUUUGUCAUCGAAUGCCACCGAUGUGUUUAGAAUCCUCAACUGUUUUUUCAAUAAAAAAAACAAAGAAAAAAUUGAAAAAAAAAUUUUGA